GGGCGCCCGGCCCGCGGCUCCAGCGCGGGGCUGCGGCGGCCGAGGCGCGGCGCUGAGGAAACCCCGGGACCCCCGAACCCCCCGAGACCCCGGGGAGCCCCGGAGCCGCCGGCAUGGCCCGCUGGAUCCCCACCAAACGCGAGAAGUACGGGGUCGCCAUCUACAACUAUGAGGCCGUGCAGGACGUGGAGCUGUCCCUGCAGGUGGGGGACACCGUUCACAUCCUGGAGAUGUACGAAGGCUGGUACCGAGGAUACACGCUCCGCAAUAAAUCCAAGAAGGGCAUUUUCCCAGAAACUUACAUCCAUUUGAAAGAGGCCAUUGUGAAGGACCGGGGGCAGCACGAGACGGUGAUUCCCAGCGAGCUGCCCCUCGGCCAGGAGCUGACGGCCACGCUGCGGGAGUGGGCAGUGAUCUGGCACAGGCUGUACGUGAACAACAAAACCACACAGUUCAGGCAUGUCCAGCAGCUCACCUACAGCCUGAUAGAGUGGAGAUCCCAAAUCCUCUCCGGGACCCUGCCCAAGGAUGAACUGGCUGAGCUCAAGAAAAAAGUCACUGCCAAGAUUGACUAUGGCAACAGGAUCCUGGGUCUGGACCUGGUUGUCCGAGAUGACAAUGGGAACAUCCUGGACCCAGAUGAGACCAGCACAAUCUCCCUCUUCAAGGCCCAUGAAACUGCAUCCAAGAGGAUUGAUGAGAGGAUCCAGGAGGAGAAGUCCCUGCAGCAGAGUUUGGACCUCCGGGGACAGCCAAUAUUCAACUCCACACACACUUACAGCCUCUAUGUGAACUUCAAGAACUUUGUCUGCAACAUUGGGGAAGAUGCAGAGCUGCUGAUGAGCCUCUAUGACCCUGACCUCUCCAAAUUCAUCAGUGAAAAUUACCUGGUUCGUUGGGGCAGCAAUGGGAUGCCUAAAGAAAUUGAGAAACUGAACAACCUCCAAGCAGUGUUUACUGACUUGAGCAGCUCAGACCUGAUCAGGCCCAGGAUCAGCCUGGUGUGCCAGAUCGUGCGCGUGGGGCACAUGGAGCUGAAGGAUGGCAAGAAGCACACCUGCGGGCUGCGCAGGCCCUUCGGCGUGGCAGUGAUGGACAUCACUGACAUCAUCCACGGCAAGGUGGACGACGAGGAGAAGCAGCAUUUUAUCCCCUUCCAGCAGAUUGCCAUGGAAACCUACAUCAGGCAGCGGCAGCUGAUCAUGUCCCCCCUGAUCGCCUCGCACGUCAUCGGCGAGAACGAGCCCCUCACCUCUGUCUUCAACAAAGUCAUCGCUGCCAAGGAGGUCAACCACAAGGGCCAAGGUCUCUGGGUCUCCCUGAAGUUGCUCCCUGGGGAUCUGGCUCAGGUUCAGAAGGAUUUUUCCCACCUUGUAGACAGAUCCACUGCAGUGGCUCGAAAAAUGGGGUUCCCUGAGAUCAUCCUUCCUGGUGAUGUCAGGAAUGACAUCUACGUCACCCUGAUCCAGGGGGAGUUUGACAAAGGCAAGAAGAAAACCCCCAAGAACGUCGAGGUCACCAUGUCUGUGCAUGAUGAGGAUGGGAACCUGCAGGAGAAAGCCAUCCACCCUGGGGCUGGCUACGAGGGAGUCUCGGAGUACAAGUCUGUGGUUUAUUACCAGGUCAAGCAGCCCUGCUGGUACGAGACUGUCAAGGUGGCCAUUGCCAUAGAGGAAGUCAGUCGCUGCCACCUGAGGUUCACGUUCCGCCACCGCUCGUCCCAGGAGUCCAGGGACAGAUCUGAGAGGGCUUUUGGCAUGGGCUUUGUGAAGCUGAUGAAUGCAGAUGGAACAACACUGCAGGAUGGCAAACACAAUUUGAUUAUUUACAAGGGUGACAACAAGAAAAUGGAAGAUGCCAAGAGUUAUUUGACUCUUCCUUGCACCAAAACAGAGAUGGAGGAGAAGGAGGCUCCCUCAGGGAAAAACCUGCACUCUCUGGCCAACUUCACCCCCACGAAGGACAGCACAAAGGACAGCUUCCAGAUUGCCACUGUCAUCUGCUCCACCAAACUCACCCAGAAUGUUGACCUGCUGGGUUUGCUGAACUGGCGCUCCAACGCCCACAACAUCGCCCACAACCUCAGGAAGCUCAUGGAGGUGGAAGGAGGAGAAAUUGUGAAGUUUUUGCCAGACACCCUCGAUGCACUUUUCAACAUCAUGAUGGAAAUGUCAGAAAAUGAGACCUAUGAUUUCCUGGUGUUUGAUGCCCUGGUGUUUAUUAUUUCUUUGAUUGGAGACAUCAAGUUCCAGCAUUUCAACGCUGUGCUUGAGACUUACAUCUACAAACACUUCAGUGCAACCCUGGCCUAUGUGAAACUCACCAAAGUGCUGAACUGCUACGUGGGGAAUGCUGAGGACUCCAGCAAGACAGAGCUGCUCUUUGCAGCCCUGAAAGCCCUGAAAUACCUGUUCAGGUUCAUCGUGCAGUCCCGGGUGCUGUACCUGAGUGUGUAUGGGAAGAGUGAGGAUGGCAAUGAAUUCAACGAUGCAAUUCGCCAGCUCUUCCUCUCCUUCAACAUCCUCAUGGACCGGCCCCUGGAGGAGGCUGUCAAGAUCAAGGGGGCAGCUUUAAAAUAUUUGCCAAGCAUCAUAAAUGAUGUCAAACUGGUGUUUGACCCCGUUGAGCUCAGUGUCCUCUUCAGCAAGUUCAUCCAGAGCAUCCCUGACAACCAGCUGGUCCGGCAGAAGCUGAACUGCCUGACCAAGAUUGUGGAGAGUGACCUGUUCAAGCAGGCUGAGUGCAGAGAUGCCCUCCUGCCCCUGCUCAUCGAUCAGCUGAGUGGGCAGCUGGAUGACAACUGCAGCAAGCCCGACCACGAGGCCAGCUCCCAGCUCCUGAGCAGUGUCCUGGAGGUCCUGGACCGCAAAGAUGUGGGUGCCACUGCUCUGCACAUCCAGCAGAUGAUGGAGCGGCUGCUGCGCCGGAUCAACCGCACGGUGAUCGGGAUGAGCCGCCAGAGCCCGCACAUCGGUAUCUUCGUGGCCUGCAUGACAGCCAUCCUGAGGCAGAUGGAUGAUUUCCAUUACAGCCAUUACAUCAACACUUUCAAAACCAGGCAGGACAUCAUUGAUUUCCUGAUGGAAACAUUCAUUAUGUUCAAGGACCUGAUUGGGAAGAACGUGUAUGCAGCGGACUGGAUGGUCAUGAACAUGAUGCAGAGCAGGGUUUUCCUCCGGGCAGUGAACCAAUUCACCUCCGUCCUCAACCGCUUCUUCCUGGAUCAGACUCAUUUUGAGCUCCAGCUCUGGAAUAACUAUUUCCACUUGGCCGUUGCCUUCCUCACUCACGAGUCCCUGCAGCUGGAGACCUUCUCCCAGGCCAAACGCAACAAAAUCAUCAAGAAGUAUGGGGACAUGAGGAAAGAAAUUGGCUUCAAAAUCAGGGAUAUGUGGUAUAACCUGGGUCCCCACAAAAUCAAGUUCAUCCCCGCGAUGGUGGGGCCGAUCCUGGAGGUGACCCUGGUCCCAGAGCCUGAGCUGAGGAAAGCAACAAUUCCCAUUUUUUUUGACAUGAUGCAGUGUGAGUUCAACUUCAGUGGGAAUGGGAACUUCCACAUGUUUGAGAACGAGCUGAUCACCAGGCUGGACCAGGAGGUGGAGGGGGGCCGAGGGGAUGAGCAGUACAAGGUCCUGCUGGAGAAACUGCUGCUGGAGCACUGCAGGAAGCACAAGUACCUGGCAGCCCCAGGAGAGGUGUUUGCCCUGCUGGUCAGCAGCCUCCUGGAGAACCUGCUGGACUACAGGACCAUCAUGCACGAUGAGAGCAAGGAGAACCGCAUGAGCUGCACCGUCAACGUGCUGAAUUUCUACAAGGAGAAGAAGCGAGAGGACAUUUACAUCAGGUAUCUGUACAAGCUCAGGGACCUGCACACAGACUGUGAGAACUUCACAGAGGCUGCCUACACCCUGCUCCUGCACGCUGAGCUGCUCCAGUGGUCAGAGAAGCCCUGUGCCCCUCACCUGCUGCAGAGGGACUCCUUCUGUGUGUACUCCCAGCAGGAGCUCAAGGAGAAGCUCUACCAGGAGAUCAUCUCCUUCUUUGACAGGGGCAAGAUGUGGGAAAAAGCCAUUCAGCUGAGCAAGGAGCUGGCUGACAUGUAUGAGAACAAGGUCUUUGACUACGAGGGACUUGGCAAUCUCCUGAAAAAAAGAGCCACUUUUUAUGAGAACAUCAUGAAGGCCAUGAGACCUCAGCCUGAGUACUUUGCUGUUGGCUACUAUGGACAGGGUUUUCCCUCUUUCCUCAGGAACAAGAUUUUCAUCUACCGUGGCAAGGAGUACGAGCGCAGGGAGGAUUUCAACCUGAAGCUGCUGACCCAGUUCCCCAAUGCUGAGAAGAUGACCAGCACGGCCCCUCCAGCAGAGGAGAUCAAGGCUUCCCCCAAACAGUAUGUGCAGUGCUUCAUUGUGAAGCCUGUGAUGAACCUGCCACCUAAUUACAAAGAUAAACCUGUUCCUGAACAGAUCUUAAACUACUACAGAGCCAACGAGGUGCAGCAGUUCACUCACUCCAGACCUGUCAGGAAAGGAGAGAAGGAUCCAGACAAUGAGUUUGCUAACAUGUGGAUAGAGAGGACAACGUACACGACAGCUUAUUCCUUUCCAGGCAUCCUCAAGUGGUUUGAGGUCAAACAGGUCACAACGGAGGAGAUCAGCCCCCUGGAGAAUGCCAUAGAAACCAUGGAGCUGACCAAUGAGCGGAUCACCAACGUGGUGCAGCAGCAGGGCUGGGACCGCAGCCUGCCCGUGCACCCCCUGUCCAUGCUGCUCAGUGGCAUCGUGGACCCCGCGGUCAUGGGGGGCUACACCAACUAUGAGAAGGCCUUCUUCACAGAGAAAUAUCUCCAAGAACACCCUGAAGAUCAAGACAAAAUUGAGCUGCUCAAGCAACAAAUUGCAAUACAGAUGCCUCUCCUGGCAGAGGGGAUCCGGAUCCACGGCGAGAAGCUGACGGAGCAGCUGAAGCCGCUGCACGAGAGGCUCACAGCCUGCUUCAGGGAGCUCAGGAGGAAGGUGGAGAAGCAGUACGGGGUCAUAACUCUGCCCCCGGUGCUGACGGACAGGAAGCCGAGCCGCUCGGGCUCCAUGGUGCUGCCCUACAUCAUGUCCUCCACCCUCAGGAGGCUCUCGGUCACCUCCGUGGCCUCCUCUGUGGCCUCCACGUCAUCCACCUCGUCUGACAGCGCUCCCUCCAGGCCGGGCUCCGAUGGAUCUACCCUGGAGCCUCUCCUGGAGAGGAGAAUAUCCACGUCUUCCAGAGCUGAGGAGCUGCCUGUGAAAGAAGACGGUGACAACAGGAUUAGCAAACUCAAGAGGAAGGAGUGGAGCAUUAGCAAGUCUCAGGUUAUUGUGGAGAAGGAGCCAGAAACAGAAGUGACUUCCAAAAUGCAGGGCCCAGCAGGGAGGGCACAGAGGCCCAAGAGUCUGCAGCUGGGGGACACCAGGCUGACCCUGCUGCAGGGCCCCUCGAUGCAGCAACCCACCCAGAGCCCUCCCCCCAUCACCCCCAAAACCCCCCGGACCCUGAGCUCCCCCUCGUUGCAGGCUGAUGGAUUGGCCACGCCACCCCCCCCUCCCCCCAAAAGCAAACCCUACGAGAGCAGCACCCCCAGGAACUCUGUGGAGGUUGCUCCAGCGCUGCCCAGCAGGCGAGAGGCCAAACCUCCCCCUCCACCCCCCAAAACCAGGAAAUCCAGCGUGGUGUCCUCGGAGCAGGGGCUGCCCUGAGCCUGGGGGGUGCCAGAAGUGCCAGCCUGCAGUGGUGCUUCAUCUCCUGCCAGCCUGGCAUCUCCCUGCCCUGGCAUCUCCCCUGCCCUCCUUCCACCCUGCCCUGGAGCUUUCCUGGCAAAUCCCACAGAGGAAACGUGGCUGGGGCUGGGCUCCCUCGCUGUGUUUGCCUGUGCACUGCUCACUCUGAUCCUGAGCUCUCCCUCACACACUGAUACUGCCCUGUCCCUCACACACUGAUCCUGCCCUGUCCCUCACACACUGAUCCUGCCCUGUCCCUCACACACUGAUCCUGAGCUGUCCCUCACACACUGAUCCUGAGCUGUCCCUCACACACUGAUCCUGCCCUGUCCCUCACACACUGAUCCUGAGCUGUCCCUGUCACACUGAUCCUGGGCUCUCCCUCACACACUGAUCCUGAGCUCUCCCUCACACACUGAUCCUGCGCUGUCCCUCACACACUGAUCCUGAGCUCUCCCUCACACACUGAUCCUGAGCUCUCCCUCACACACUGAUCCUGAGCUCUCCCUGUCCCUCACACACUGAUCCUGGGCUCUCCCUCACACACUGAUCCUGAGCUCUCCCUCACACACUGAUCCUGAGCUCUCCCUCACACACUGAUCCUGAGCUCUCCCUCUCCCUCACACACUGAUCCUGCCCUGUCCCUCACACACUGAUCCUGAGCUCUCCCUCACACACUGAUCCUGAGCUCUCCCUGUCCCUCACACACUGAUCCUGAGCUCUCCCUCACACACUGAUCCUGCCCUGUCCCUCACACACUGAUCCUGAGCUCUCCCUGCUGCAGUUCCUCUCCCUCCUGGGCCUGUCUGUCCUGGGUUGGUCACUGCUGCAAUGCCAGCAGCUCCUCCCAGUGCCCUGGGAAUCCUGGCUGAUCCCACUGCAGGGCUCAGGGUCUGUGCCCAGCUCUGCUUGCUUUGGUACAAGAUCUCAUUUGUGCUUUUAAUGGGGUGGGAAAAGCAUCCUGUGAAUGUUGGAGAUGACAGAAGCUGCACUUUGGCCAGGGCUGGACUGGCACCACUGCACCGAUGGCAGAGCUUCACUGGCACCACUGCACUGACACCAGGACUUUACUGGUUCCACAAACAGAUCAUGGCCUCUUUAUUUGUCAUCAAUAGUGAUGAAGAUUUUGCUUUCUCUUCCAGGAAAUAAUUUUGUUUGUUCAUUUUGUCACUUUGCUUUGGAUUAUCUUGUAGGAGUUGGGAGGAGCCACUGAAACCCUGCUGAGGGUGUUGCUCACAGCAGGAAUACAAUUAUUGUUGGGCUGGGGGUUCAUGGGCCAUUAUUGUGCUCCCCUGAGUGAAAGAAGUUUCUGACCUUACUGAAAAACCAAAGUUUGUUAAACCUAAUGAAAAGUUUCCUCAGCAAGGUCUUUUUCAGAGAAAAGCAAACCCAACAAAACCCAACCCAACAAAAACCAGCCCCAGGAGGGUUUUGCUCAGACUGAAGUUGUCAUUUCCUUUUGUCCUUCCCAAUUCUUUUGACAUGAGUGUGAGUGCAGGGGCUGGAAGCAGAUUGCCCUCAUCCCAGAUCAUCCCAGAGUGCCAUCAGCUCCAGCCUGAGCUGCUCUGGAGGUGGCACUGCAGUCACAUCCCAUCCAUCCCCAGCCUGAUUGCUGCGCACAUUCCAGCUGCCUCUGGGCUGCUGCUCCUCGGGGGAGCUCUUGGAGCCUCCCUGGGGCACUGUGUGCCCUGCCAGCUCCUCCUCGUGUUCCUGACACAGACACUGCUCGACUGCAAAACCUCUGGGUUUUCCUGCCCUUCAUUUCCUGUGCACUCUCCCUCCCUGGAUGCUCUGAAAGUUCCCCUAAAGCAGCUUUUUGUGUGGGCUGAGGUUCUGCUGCAGGCAGAGCAGCAGGAUGUGCUCUGGGCUGUCUGAGGUGCAUCCUGGUGUUCAUUCCGUGCCUUUCUCCUCUCAGCCAGGCUGGGUUUAACUCAGUGGGUCAGCAGGAGCAGGGGAGGCCGAGCAGGGAUCCCAGGAUGGUUUCCCUGGUGUGGGCAAACAGGCUGAGCUGUCAGGUUUGGGUGUUUUGGUUCUCAGUGACUUUGGAGUCCUCUUUGCAGCCUUUUUGUUCUGCUUUAACCACCUUAACAUAGGGAGGUACCUUUUGCAUCCAGGUUUUUUCCUGGAGAAGGAAACCUCCAUGCAGAAAACACUCACAGGAGGAGGUCUGACCUUGGGAAGAAUUUUUCAGCUGAUUUUAAAUCAGCUGUUUGCUCUCAGAUUUGGCUCUGGCUGCAUUUUCUGCAGCUACAGAUCAGGAUUUUGAGCAGAAUCUUUGGCAUGUUGGUGGUGAAUUAUCCCUCCCUCUCUGCAGCUGCCACCUUCAGCUCUGCCCUGCCUUGAAAUUGCUCCUCUCACCUUAAACCUCACCUGGCUUUGCUGCUCACAAGUUCAGGUUCUCCCGUGCCCCCUGUGCAUGCCCAGUUUGGGGUGGGCACCCCUGGCUGCGAGGAGAGGAGCAGCUCACACCAAAGAGCUCAGAACAAGCUUUCCCUUCCCAGCACAUUUUGGGCAUUUCACUGGCAAAUUUGCCCCAAAGGACUCUAAAUUUGGUUCUGUUUUUUCCUUUCUCAGCAUUAUUUAUGUGGUAGAGUUUUAAACUUGUUGCACUCCUGCUCCUUUUGGCAGUGUCCCCAGUGUGGUGUCCAAUUCCCUUACCUGGCUGAUAAAAGUUGGCAUCACUGGGCUCAGAGGUGCAAGAUGGAAUUUCUGUUCUGUGCCCAAAUGAUUCAGGGCUUUGGGCCAGUUUUGGGGAGGAAAAUCAUCCAAGAGUCAGAUUUUUAAAGGCAUUUGGGCAUUAAGUGUGUGAGGAAGAACAGGGCAUGAAAGUGAUUUUAAAUGAGUGGAGUUAAGUGCCCACUCUAAGGACAAAUCCCACUGGAACCUUCAUUGUGUGAAGUGUUUGCUCCUUGCUUGGGUGAGAUUUCAUUUUCAGAGGCACUUCAAGGUGUCUCUACCUUGUUUCUUUAAAUGUGAAUCAUCUCCUCAGGUUCAUUGGGUGCUUUAGGAAAUGCCUCCAAUGUGUUUUCAGCUGUUGGGUUUCAAAUGGGAAGAGGACAUUCCACAAUGAUGAUCUCUGCACACCACAAAUUGCAGCAAUUUCUGCCCAAUUCCUGCUUUUGAAUAAAAUCUCAAAUUUAAAACAUCCCCUCUGCAGAGGAGACAAAACCUAAUCCCAUUUCAGAGCCAAGCUGCUCAAAGCUGCUGUGAAAUUUCAACUCUUUGAGGAUUUCAGUUUUUCUCCUUUGGAGAAAUGUGCUCAACACUUGUUUUCUGGAGCUUUGAAUUAAAAUGUGUCAUGCUGGGAUGAAUUCCUUUAGAAAUGUGGCAGGGGCAGAGGGGAGCAGGCAGUUUUGGAUUAUUGGAUUAGGGAAGGACAGGGAUUGCAGAGGGAGCAGCUCUGUGAGCCCCAGCAGGGAUUUUGGGGCUCCUGCUCCAGCUCACACCGAGCUGCACUUGCAGUGACAAUGCCUCAGAUUUUCCUCUCCUUAUUUAUUUUUACCAUUGUAAAUGGAAAUAAUCACUUUAAGUCUGUAAUUUAACUAAUUUUUUAUAUAGUGAAAACAUUGCUGACCUGCUUCUGCUACCUUCUUUUGAUUAUUUUUAUUUUAAUGAAAAACUUGACCUUAUUUUUGCUGUUGCAGACCAAAUCCUGUGGUGGACCAGGGUAAGCUUAUCCAAAGACUACAGCAGGGAGGAAAAAUACACAAAAUGGGAUUUUAUGGCUGUUCAAAGCACCAGGUUCCCCUGAUUCUUCUCUCUGAGCAUUAAUUAAAGCACUUUAGGACAUUUUGGGCACUACAGGGAUUACUCAAAGCAGGUUCACACCUUAACCCAUUUUUCAGCUCCAUGUGGUGCUGGUUUGUAUCUUUAGGCAGAGUUCACCCCAAAUUACAUUUGGUUCAUUUUUCUCACUGUGCUAUUACAGAGGUUUCAUCACUCUGAACCCUGGGAUGAGUUUGUUGGGAGUUCAGGAGGGUUUGGGUGUUGUGGAAGGAGUUGUUGUGUUCUGGGAUCCUGGGUUGGUGGGUUCAGUGCAGACUGCAAAUAAAAUGUUUGGGGGUUUUUUCAGUCCUUUGCAACUGAAUCAGUAAAAAAUUCAGCUUUAAAGUGGCUCUGGAGAGAGCUUUGGGAAGGGACUGCAGCUCUCUGGGUAAAUGCCACGAUUCACUCAAUCUGUACAGCAAGGUGUACACAUUUCUGUGGGGUUUUUACAUGUAAUGAUUGCUGUAAAGUUUGUAAAUAC